AUGGGCGACCGGUUGAAUAGCUCCGGCGUUGGCUCGAGACCACGCACAAGACAGAGAGUAUACAAGCCUCCGCCGCCGUUGGAGGUGCCGGAUAUUGAAGACGACGCGGCGGAGAGAAAACGGAUACUAAAUGUGCUGGCGCAGCGGAGAUACCGAGAAAAGAAGAGACAGAAGCGUAUGAGGGGCAACAGCAACGGCUCAAAAAGCACAUCGCAAGAACCCGAAGAUGAUUACUCCCAGUUGGUCGAAGAAGUGCCCGCCGACGGGGGCGUUGCUCAUAGUUCCGGCUCUAUCUUCGGCGCCGACAUGUGCUUCACCAACUGGGACAUGAUGGUCGACCCGAUCCUCCCGUCAACGAUGCCUGAUGUGACUGGCGCGUAUGCCGACUUCCUCACGGCCGCGGCCAUGGCUGUUGAUGAUGGGUUAAAACCUGUUGGGCGCAGCGAUGGCAUUCCCACCGCAGCCUUCCCGUCCAGCUCAGUGCCCUCGUCCAUCACCAUGUCCAAUGGAAUGUUUGGCUCACCGCCGUCCUUGCAUAGCUCACCAAACUCAUCGUCCGAUGUCAGUUUCCCCGACAGCUGCCUUUUGCCCUGCCGUGAGCUGACUCUUUUGCGUGCGAUGCUGCGUAUAGCGGAUGGCCUUGGAUGCAAGGGCUCAAUUUGGAACCUGGAUGCUCUGUCGCCCUUUGAUCAGGGAAUCGCGAAACCGCCAGAUCAACUUCCCUUGCCAUGGCGUCCAACUGCCUCACAGGUUCUAAUCCUGCGUCACCGGCUCCUCGACUUCCUUCCCUUGGCCCUGUGUCGGGAUAGGAUGAUCGGCAUUUUCCCGCUCCCCGACGACGUCCGCCCGCCCGCGGCUUCUGGUCCGCUUGCGCUCGUCGACUUCGCCUACGACUUUGAGGACAACUCCGAGGGUGUGCGUAUCUACGGUUCCGACCCUUACGACUCCGGCUGCUGGGAGGCCAGCCAGGUCCUGUUUCAGCACUGGUGGUUUCUGUUCGACCGGGACAUUGUUGACGACAGUAAUCGGUGGAGGAGGUUGCGAGGAGCGCCCCCACUGGCUUUGACGGCUCCUGGGGUAGACUUUUAA